UUCUUUCUGCCUAUUCGAUUGGAAUGUACUUUGCAGGGCAUGUUGGUGAUCGGAUUGAUUUGAGGUUGUUUCUUGUGUUUGGGAUGAUGUCUGGUGGCAUAUUAACUAUAUUCUUUGUUUGAUGUUGGUUUGAUGUUCAUUUGUUGGGGUACUUUAUGGCUGUUCAAGUUCUUGGGUUGGUUAGUCAAUUGGGUGGCCUUGUGUGGUAGCAGUGGUGGGAAACUGGUUUGAGAAAGAAAAGAGGGGGUUGAUCAUGGGGAUCUGGAGUUCACAUACCUCAGUUGGAAACAUUAUUGAUUCAGUUGUGGCGUCUGGGGUUUUGGAAUUUGGAUGGGGCUGGUCCUUUGUGGUGCCUGGGGUUUUGGUCAUUUUGGUCGGCAUUUUAGUGUUUUUGUUUCUCCCCGUGAAUCCAGAAGACUUGGGAUUUGAGUCUCGGGUAAAGGAGAUUCAGAUGAAUAUGGAAGUUAAUGGGAUAGAGAAUUUGGAGGGAAAAGUGGAAUCAGACGAAGCAGGUCUUCUUGGAACAGAGAAUGUAGAUGUCGAUACAAGCGCAGAUACUUUGGCUGCAAUUGGCUUUUGGGAGGCAUGGAGGUUACCGGGCGUGGCACCAUUUGCUCUCUGCCUGUUCUUUUCAAAGUUGGUGUCUUACACUUUCUUGUACUGGUUGCCCUUUUACGUAAGGCACACAGCAGGAUUGAUAUCUGAUACGAUCGAAGCUCGAGCUGUAACGUCAAUUACAUUUUUGUUGCUUUCAGUUCCAGCCCUUGUUUUCUACUGGGUUUAUGGAAGCCUAUCUAUGGUUGCCAAUAUUCUUUUGAUGUUUCUUUCUGGAUUGCUGGUGAACGGCCCAUAUUCACUCAUUACAACAGCCGUUGCUGCAGAUCUUGGUACCUAGACAGUGAUCAGAGGAAAUUCCCAUGCAGUAGCUACUGUGACUGCAAUUAUAGAUGGUACAGGGUUCUGUUGGGGCGGCCCUUGGGCCACUUUUAGCGGGGUAUACUUCCACGACAGGGUGGAACAAUGUAUUUCUUAUGCUAAUUCUUGCUUUUUUCUGUGCAACUUUGUUUUUGAUUCGCAUUGUGAGAACGGAGAUUAAAGGGAAUUUGAAUGAGGGAAAAUGGUCUUUGUAUAGCAUAGGCCACACAAUGAUUGAGAUUUUCUCAAGGCAUAUAUAUAUAUAUUUUUCUUUUGUCUUUCUUGUCAUACCA